GAGUGGGAUGGUGUUGAAGGACUUCAUCGCUGAGGCGGCGAAGGCCGGGCUUGCUCUGCCGUACACGCCGUACUGGUCAGGGUUGACGAUGGGGGGGAUGUUGGGGACUGGAGCGCAUGGGAGCUCGCUGUGGGGGAAAGGGUGGUGCUGUGCAUGAGUUUGUCGUCGGAGUUAGGAUCGUCACGCCGGCGUCCGGCGAGGAGGGAUUCGCUAGGGUUUUGUCUUUGGAUGCUCGCCACCCUGAGUUUGAUGCUGUUAAGGUUUCACUUGGAGUUCUUGGUGUUAUUUCCCAGGUCACACUGAAGUUAGAGCCAAUGUUCAAAAGGUCACUCACGUACGUGGACAGUGAUGACACUGGUUUAGGGGACAAGGUCGUUGACUUUGGUAGGCAGUACGAGUUCGGUGACGUGUCAUGGUUCCCGGGACACAAGAAAGCUGUGUACCGCGUUGACUUUCGAGUCCCAACCAAUGCAAGUGGAAAUGGGCUCAAUGAUUUUAUUGGGUUCCGUUCCACAACCGCGUUAGCGCUUGCUCUAAGUAGAUUAAUAGAUGAAAAUUUAGAAGCAACAAACAACACAAUUGGGAAGUGCAUAACUUCAAAGCUAAUGAAAGACACAACUUCCAUUGGUGGAUAUGGCCUAAAAAACAAUGGCAUUCUCUUCACUGGCUACCCUGUUGUUGGAUUCCAAAACAGGAUGCAAUCCUCUGGGAGUUGUCUAGACAGCAUUGAGGACUCCCUCAUCACUGCUUGUCCAUGGGAUCCAAGAAUCAAAGGAGCAUUCUUCCACCAAACCACAUUCAGCAUAGCACUUUCAAAGGUCAAAGACUUCAUCAUUGAUGUCCAAAAGUUAAGGGACAUCAACCCAAAGGCUUUGUGUGAGUUAGAGCUCUCUAAUGGGAUUCUAAUGAGGUAUGUUAAAGGAUCCACAGCUUUUUUGGGUAAAGAAGAGGAUUCAGUGGACUUUGAUAUCACUUAUUAUAGAAGUCAUGAUCCUAUGAAACCAAGACUUGAUGAAGAUGUGUAUGAAGAGAUUGAGCAAAUGGGUUUGUUUAAGUAUGGAGGGUUACCACAUUGGGGGAAGAACAGGAACUUGGCUUUUGAUGGGGUGGCUAAAAAGUAUGCAAAGUUUGGGGAGUUUCUGGAAGUGAAGGAGAAGUUUGAUCCUGAUGGUUUGUUUUCUAGUGAGUGGAGUGAUGAAGUUCUUGGGAUUAAUGGAAAAAGAACUAGUAUUGUUAAGCCUGGUUGUGCUCUUGAAGGGCUUUGUAUUUGCUCAGAGGACACUCAUUGUGCACCGGCAAAAGGGUACUUUUGUAGGCCUGGUAAGGUGUUCACUGAUGCUCGUGUUUGUUCUAAAAGUUAAGUGAUCUUUUAAUUCUAGCUCUGGUCUUCUUUUA